UUUACAGAAGUGAAAGUGUUUCUCCUUCAGCCUCGGCGCCAUUUUGUUGUUGUUUGGAGAAAAUAAUAAAACUAAAGAAAAACUGCAACUCCAGGCAGAAGCGGUGAGAUGAAUGAAGCCCAGCAUGGAGUGCUGAGUAAAAGAGCAUCAUUUAUUCAACUCAUGAGUAAUUCAAGAGAUCCGCGUCUUCAGGAAUCAGCAGUGAGUCCAUGAGCUGUGUCCGUACGCUAAUAUUCAAAAAUGGAGAGCUGUGAUCUGGACACAGAUAAUGUGACCCCACCCUCAGAAAAGCGUGAACUCCAGAGAAAGAGAUCAGACUCCCCAGAACCCAGCUGUGUCUCCAUGAAGAGCGAUCGGUCUAUGGAUCUUCCUUUGGAGUUUAAAAAUAGAGACUCCUCACCUGUACAUAGUGAACUCCAGAGAAAGAGAUCAGACUCCCCAGAACCCAGCUGUGUCUCCAUGAAGAGUGAUGCGUCUAUGGGUCGUCCUUUGAAGUUUAAAAAUAGAGACUCCUCACCUGUACACAGUGUUUUACAGAAGGCAGGAGACAGAAGAGAAAAGAUCUUCAUCACAGAUACAGGACACGCCCCAGAAUCUCCUGCUGUAAAGGAAUUCCAGAAAAAGUUCAGAUUAAAUCUGAAGGAGAAGUUUCAGUGUUUAAAUGGAGUGGUGAUAAAGCAGGAAAACCGAGUGCUCCUGAAUGAGAUCUACACCGAGCUCUACAUCACAGAGGGAGACAGUGGAGACGUCAAUAAAGAACAUGAGGUGAGACGGAUCGAGGCAGCGUCCAGGAGAAAAACAACAGAGGAAACACCAAUCAAAUGCAGCGACAUCUUUAAGCCCUUAUCUGAAGAAGACGAACCCAUCAGAACUGUAGUGACAAAGGGCGUGGCUGGUAUCGGAAAAACAGUCUCUGUACAGAAGUUCAUUGUGGACUGGGCUGAAGGGAAAGCAAAUCAGGACGUCCCCCUCAUAUUUCCACUUCCUUUCAGAGAGCUGAAUCUGAUAAAGGACCAAAAACUGAGUCUGAUGGAGCUCCUUCAUGUCUGUUUUAAGGAAACAAAAGAAACCGAAAUGUCCAGGUUGGAAAAGGUUCUGUUCAUUUUUGAUGGAUUGGAUGAGUGUCGUUUCCCUCUGGAUUUCCAGAACACAGUGAGAGUGUGUGAUGUAACUGAAUCAGCAUCAGUGUGUGUGCUGCUGAUAAACCUGAUCAAAGGGGAUCUGCUUCCCUCUGCUCUCAUCUGGAUCACCUCCCGACCAGCAGCAGCUGAUCAAAUCCCCUCUGAGUACGUCCAUCGAGUCACAGAGGUACGAGGGUUCAGUAACCCCCAGAAGGAGGAGUACUUCAGGAAGAGGGUCAGUGAUCAGAGCCUGGCCGAGAACAUCAUCACACACCUGAAGUCAUUAAGAAGCCUCUACAUCAUGUGUCACAUCCCAGUCUUCUGCUGGAUUUCAGCUGCUGUUCUCGAGAGAAUGUUGGGUGAAGCAGAGAGUGGAGAGAUCCCCAAGACUCUGACUCAAAUGUACACACACUUCCUCAUCAUUCAGACAAACGUCAUCAGAGAAAAAUACUCAAAGAAGCAGGAGCGUGAUAAAGAAAUGCUGCUGAAACUGGGAAAACUAGCUUUUGAGCAGCUGAAGAAAGGCAACCUGAUCUUCUAUGAGGAAGACCUGCGAGGGUGUGGCAUUGAUGUGACAGAAGCAGCAGUGUACUCAGGUGUGUGUACGCAGAUCUUCAGAGAGGAGCCUGGGCUUCACCAGAGUAAAGUGUACUGCUUUGUUCAUCUGAGCAUUCAGGAACAUCUCGCAGCUCUGUAUGUGCAUCUGACCUUCAUGAAGGAAAAGAGAAAUGUUCUUGAUCAGGAUAAUUCCUCUACAAGAAAAAUGUAUAAAAAAAUAAGAAAUGUUCUUGAUCAGAUUUGGUCCUUUCAGACAAUUUCAGAUGUACACAGCAGUGCUGUAGAUCAGACCUUAAAAAGUCAGACUGGACAUCUGGAUCUGUUCCUCCGCUUUCUUCUGGGUCUCUCACUGGAGUCCAAUCAGAAACUCUUACAUGCCUUAGUAACACAGACAGGAAGUAGCUUCCAGAGCAAAAAGGAAGCAGUUCAGUACAUUAAGAAGAUGAUCAGUAGAGAUCUUCCUGCAGAAAAAUCCAUCAAUCUGUUCCACUGUCUGAAUGAACUGGGUGAUGAUUCUCUCGUGGAGGAAAUCCAACGCUACCUGAAAUCUGGGAAACGAAGUAAACUCUCUCCUUCACAGUGGUCUGCUCUGGCGUUUGUGUUACUGACUUCAGCACAGGAGCUGGAGGAGUUUGACCUGAGGAAAUAUACCAGUACAGAGAAGAUAACACAUGAGGUUCUUGUGAAGGUGAUGCCUGUGAUUGCAGCAUCCAGAAAAGCAGUGUUGCGGGAUUGUGGUGUCUCAGAUGAAGACUGUGCUGCUCUGAGUUCAGCUCUGAGAUCAAACCCCUCACACCUGAGAGAACUGAGUCUGUCCUUUAAUAAACUCGGAGACUCAGGAGUGAAGCGUCUCUGUGCUGGACUGGAGAAUCCUCACUGUAAACUGGAGACACUGGGGUUGCGGGAUUGUGGUGUCUCAGAUGAAGGCUGUGCUGCUCUGAGUUCAGCUCUGAGAUCAAACCCCUCACACCUGAGAUACCUGAAUCUGUCCUCUAAUAAUCUCGGAGACUCAGGAGUGAAGCGUCUCUGUGCUGGACUGGAGAAUCCUCACUGUAAACUGGAGACACUGAGAUGCUGGCCUGGAUGACCUGACGGCUUCUGCUGAGUUGCCUUGUUCUGCAGAGGCCACUGUGUUGCCUGGACCGGUCAGUAGCAGGGCAGGUAGGGUGCUUAGAGCGCCUGGUCAUUUGAGUGAUUUUGUUGUUUACUGAUUGUGCAUUUGUGACAAGUUGUUCCGUGAUCUUGUCAGCAUAGGCGGUUUUAAACGGGGGCCGGGGGGGCCAGUGCCCCUGUAAAAUUGCUCCUGGCCCCUGUUAUGGCCCCUGUGCUGAACAGAUAAUAAGCUUUAUUAAUUUCAAUGUGCGCUGGCUCAAAGAUCGGAACUGACAUGACGGAGUGUUCUACACGGACUCCUUAAAGUGCUACACGCACACUGUUACCUGCAGCAGAAAGACCAGCAGCAGCGUGAAUUGUAAACUUCAGACGUGAGAGAUAACAGCUGCAGCCCUGCAAGAACUAGGCUAUUGCAAAGGGGCGAAGGUAAGGAAAAUUAUUCAAUUUUGUAACAUCAGUGUUUGCACAUAUCCGUGUUUUACUGUUGUUGUUCACUACAAUAAUAAAUACGUUUUAUUGCGCUUUCUUAAAAGUGCGUUGCACAGCAAUAAGUAGCCUAACUUUUAAUAUUUUUGGGAAAUGGGUAAAAUAACCGACAGUGUUUAACCUUCUUGUAAAACUCGAAUGGCCUUGUGAUAUGUAGAGGCUACAUUCCUCUCCGUUUACUUUACCCUGGGUGCGCACUACGUCGAUCACGAUCGACCGGUCGAUCUCGAAGGCAGGGAUGGUAGAUCUCAUGAUUGAUAUGUAAAUAUUAAUAUAUUUGUUAUGAAAAUUAAAAAAAAAACCGUUGUGGUCAUUUUUACAUGUAAACAAAUUCGCUUUUUCCCUGAAGCGAAAUGUCAGCCAAGCGCUGCGUCAAAAAAAUUGUUACAUUGGGUUACCAUGACAACCAGCAAAAUGAAACUGCUGGUUUCAAAGAUGCAGCGCCGUAAUUUAGGAAACUUCCGAAACCUCGCCUCGGAGCUGGAGAUGCAAGGGAGGGCGUUUGCGCAACUUAACAGUGCGCGCCACUGAGCAGAUUGAAAUUCUCCAGUCAGAGUUUGAGAAGCGAUUUCAAGGCUUUGCUUUGCUCGAGCCACUAGCUACAUUCAUGUGACACCCAUUUGGGGAAGAUACUGAGGUGGAUUCCCUCGCCUCAAAAGUUGCGGCACUGUUUCAGCUGAACACGUCUGCCGUGGAAGACGAGAUGCUGAUGCUGCAGUCUGACAUCGAGUUGAAGUCCACGGCGCAUGGGCCGUUUUGGAAUUUACUCACGGAGGCGAAGUACCCGAACAUGCGGCAAUGGCACCUCCUUAACCGCAUUGUUCGGCUCCACUUAUUUGUGCGAGUCGGCCUUUUCGCAUAUGAAGAUCAUUAAGUCCAAAUACCGCUCCAGUAUGUCCGACGAUCAUCUCGAGGCCUGCUUGAAGCUCGCAACCAGCAGCUACUGUCCGGACUAUGCAGCCCUCUCUGACUCCCUCCAGUGCCGAUCAUCAUCGGAUUAAGAUCUGAUUUAGGGCCUACAUCAGUAUGCUAUGUAUUAAAGUUGUGCUGUUGCUAAGUUCCACGGUAAAAAAAAAAAAAAAAGAAAGAAAAGAAAAGAAAAGAAAGAAGGAAAAAAAUAUAAAAGAAGGAAAAAUAUUUUUAUAUAAAAUUGUUGUAAAUGUCAAAUCUCUGUCUAUACAAAAGUCAAUUGAUGUGAACAAAAAUGUUUUGGGGUUUACAAUGCCUGUCUGGAUGCAUUUAACUUUUUUUUCUAAACAUAGCCCUUUUUUUUUUUACAGUGGGCUUGUUUCAUGUUUACAUAUUAGUAGUUUGCGGUUUAUAAAAGUUAACAGUGAUUUGAACAAAAAUAUGUUUAGGAGUACAAAGCUUAUGCAUUUAACAUAAUUUGAAUGUAAAUUUCAGUCACCUUUUUGUAUGCAUGUUUGCAUAUUAUUAAACAAAUUGCAUAUGAAUGUUUAUAAAUGAAAACAAGUGUCAUUAUUGUUAUUAUUAUUAUUAUUAUUAGUAGUAGUAGUAGUAGUAGUAGGCCUAGUAGUAGUAGUAGUAGCAGUACUAGUAGUCAUAGUAGGCCUAGUAGUGGUAACAACCUAGUCCGAGUAGAUCAUAUUAACAUGGUCAUUUUAAAAGUAGCUCGCGAAUCAAAAUAUUGUGGGCACCCCUGGUAUAGGCCUACUGUAGGCUAUCAUCAUGAAAAGGAGCAAGAAGGACAUUAUGUCCUUUUUUGCCCCUGUUGGCAAAAAGCAACAUAGAGAGAGUAAGGAAGAUGAAGAUUAUGAAAGAGGAGAGAGAGCCAGAGGUGGAGAGAGAGCCAGAGGUGGAGAGAGGGUUGGAGAGGUGGAAAGUGAGGCAUCUGAAAGGCAAUCUGAGAGUGAGGAUGAAGACAUUCAGGAUCAGAUUGAGGGACAGAAUGAGGGACAACCCAACGAGUCAUUGGGACAACCAGAUUCACCAUGCAUAUCAAGUACAGCACCAUCAGGUUUGUGAUGUUGAACAAAUGCAUGUGUGUGAGCAGUGUUGGCCUACAAUUCAUAUAGCCUACCCUGAAAGUGUGAAGUCUGAAUAAUAAGUAAUAAAUAUAAAAUAUAAAUAAUAAUAAAUUAAUAAAUGAAUAAUGAUAAAUAAAUGUUGUUCUCAGUAGCACUCUCAUAUUUACUGUAUUCAUCUUUCUCCAGAUAUCAGCAAGUGCUUGGACGACACUCCAGUGCAGCAACAUCUGAAGAAAAGAUUCAUUGUAUGCAAAAAUAGAAAUCUUAUUUUACAAAAAAGAGAAACAUGGUUUUAAGAUUUAUUGAGCACAAUUUAUUUUAUGUUUAGGCUAUUGAGACAGAAUGUUUAUCUCAUUGUAUUUAUGCUCAAUGUAUUUUGUUUUGGUUUUAAAUAAACUAAACUAAACAUUUUGAACGCUUAAAUAUUGCCAUGUUUUGUCCAUAUGUGCCCCCCUGAAAAAACACUGGCCCCACCUUGGCCCCCCUAGUAAUUUUGGUCUAGAACCGCCACUGCUUGUCAGGAAAAAAAAAUGUUGACAUAAAAACAAACAAACAAAAAAAAACAGGAUGUGCAAUGUUGCUAUAUUGUAUUCUCUAUGCAAUGGGUCUAGGCUGGUGUUUAGCCGGCAUUGUCUCUGUUUAGUGUGUUUUUUUUUCAUAUUUCAUGCUGUGUUUUUUUUUUUCAUUUCAUGCAUUCCCUCCUUGUUUUGUGUCUUGUUUUGUUAUAAACGGGACGUUUAUUCUCGUUGGGGGGGACGUAUGUAGCAGAUUUAAUAUCUCAUCUCAUCUCAUCUCAUUAUCUCUAGCCGCUUUAUCCUUCUACAGGGUCGCAGGCAAGCUGGAGCCUAUCCCAGCUGACUAUGGGCGAGAGGCGGGGUACACCCUGGACAAGUCGCCAGGUCAUCACAGGGCUGACACAUAGACACAGACAACCAUUCACACUCACAUUCACACCUACGGUCAAUUUAGAGUCACCAGUUAACCUAACCUGCAUGUCUUUGGACUGUGGGGGAAACCGGAGUACCCGGAGGAAACCCACGCGGACACGGGGAGAACAUGCAAACUCCACACAGAAAGGCCCUCGCCGGCCCCGGGGCUCGAACCCAGGACCUUCUUGCUGUGAGGCGACAGCGCUAACCACUACACCACCGUGCCGCCCCCAGAUUUAAUAUGAGCUUUAAAAUGCAUGUUAUCCCCUCGGGGACUUUCCAUAGGACUGCCAUGUAUUAAUGCUCUCGCGAGAUCUGUGUGUGUGAGUUGGAAUGGUGGGAAAGUGUUCUAAUAAAUGGAAUGAAGAUCUGUGUCUCCCUCCGAACGUGUGUCUCCUCAGUUAUUACAAAACUCUGUUUAUAAGAUAAGUACCAACGCUCGGUUACAUUAUCUCUGUGAGCUAAUUCAUUUGUACUGUCCCUCCUGCUCCCUCAGAUCUUCUGUCUGUGGACUUCUGACUGUCCCACGUUUUAAACUGGCAUCUAUGGGUGGCAGAUCAUUCAGUGUUGCUGCUACUAAACUUUGGAACUCGUUACCACAAUCACUUCGUGAAUGUUCCACUCUCUCUUCCUUCAAAGCUAACUUGAAAACUUUUCUCUUUACUUCACACUACUCUUCCGAGUGUGGCUUUUUUUUUUUUGGUAACUCCUGUGUAAAGCGUCCUUGGGUUUGUGAAAGGCGCUAUAUAAAUUUAACUUUAUUAUUAUUAUUAUUAUUCUGCAAAGUGAAUCAUGCAUCAUGACAUCUGACUCCUCCUCAAAACAAAGUUCACCUGUGUCUAUUGAAAAUCGUGUUUUCCUGAACUGGUUCCUGAAUAAAAUGAAUCCUACCAAGCGUCAGAGACAUGGACUGUAUCCUCACUCUGCGCUAAGAGAGCAGGGAACCAGUCUAAAGUAGCUCAUCUUGUUUCACGGGAAAUGUGUUUGUUUUAUUCAUCAACAUGACAAUAUAUAAAAGUACAAAAAAUAUGUCGCAAUUAUACCAAUUGGCUCAGAGCGAUGAGGGUCAAGGACAUCGUGUGCCAGCAGCGCGGUUGAAGUGGGCAGGUGUCAAACUUGAAACUUUUAUAUCACGAUUGGAGUUAAUAAUAAACGAUAUCACUGAAUAAUGUUCCUUACCUCUAACCAGUAUAUAUAUUACCAUUUUUAUUGUUUUUGAUGGUUUCAUAUAUUUCGUAAUAAUAUUUUUAUUUUCUAAAUAUUUAUCAACAAACCGCCAUUGUGGCACGGGAGCCUGUGAUUGGUGGACAGCUGACAAAGGGUGUCUCCCAUUGGUUGUAAAUUGUGGCAUAAAAAUCAUAAACACAUACGGGACCCGCUGAUUGGCUGUUCACAUACUGAAGCCGAGCGGAGAUGUCCAGCAUCUGUUGCUGUUGUCCGAAGAAAACUACAGCUAAAAAAGUUCUACUACUGGAUUACUUGGACAAUCUUAGUCAGAAAGAAGCGCAGGAUAGAUAUACAUGGAAAUGAUAGAUAUACAUGUUAAUGCACUGUGUAGACGAUGGAGAAACAAGUUUAUUGCCCCUGUGUAGUGCACUAUAAGUCUAGUAGAGACCCAUCUGAGAUUCAGUCUCUCUCUCUCUCUCUCUCUCUGAUUAAAGUUCAUGGUCUC